AUAACAUUUUAAAGAUGUCUGCGCCCAUGAUAGAAAUAGCUAGCUUUUGAUAUUUACACUGUUUUUCGUUAAAUUUUGGCUAAAUUAUCAAAAUGCUUGAAAUAGGUGAUCUCAUUAAUGACACAAGGUUCAGUCCUGGGUUCAAGUUUGGACUGAUGGUGCUGUAUUUCCCGAUUGGUGUGUUCCUGAUUGUCUGUCGUGUCCUCAUUGCCCUCCAUGCAUACAUGGUCGUCUGUCUCAUGCCUAGAGCUGCAGCUAGAAGGCAGUUUGUGCGAGGGAUGCUGGGCGUGCUGGGUGUCCACAUCUGGGUGGAGGAGGAACCAGGUGGACAGACAGACGCGCCCAAGAUUCUGGUCUCCAACCAUACAUCAAUUCUCGAUCAUAUUGUGGUGGAUGUUGUCACCAGCCAUUUUGUGCCUUACCACAGGAAUGUUCCUACAGUUUUCCAGUGGGUUCUAGGCUACAAGGAUCUGGCAUCAGGGUAUUCCAAAGAGCAGUUCCUUAAAAAUUGUGCCAGCUUUAUACAAGAGCACAAGCUGCCAUUGCUAUUCCAUCCGGAGGGAGCUGUCACCAACAACACCGGGCUUCUCAAGUUUCACACGCAGGCCUUUGAGCUAGAACUCCCCGUACAACCAGUUUCCAUACAGCUGUCUAGGCUCUCGUUCCCGUGCGCCCUGUCCACCAUUGACAGUCCAAGAUGGACGGAUGUUCUCUGGUGUUUCUUUGUUCCUGUCACUGUUUACAAAGUCAAAACUCAUCCAAUUAUGACUAAAACUGGCGCUGAAAGCAUGGAAGAUUUCGCAGAGCGUGUACGAGAGGUGAUCGGGACGGCACUGAAUUUGGAGAGAACCAAUUACACAGCUGCCGAUGUUGCCGAAUACAUUAAAAAGUUGAAAGCUACGAGAAAACAACCACAAAGAGUGGUGCAGAAGCAGUCGCCUGUAGAGCGCGGCCCGAGCGGGACAGGAAGUACAAGCUGUUUUGACGGAGUGGACGCUGAGUUACGGCGUAUGAUAGCACAAGUGAAGGACGUCUUGCCUCAGGUGCCAGCUGUUGCUGUGCAAAAGGACCUCGAACAAACAAAGGAUGUAGAUGUGACAAUUUCGAACAUUCUGGAGGGUCGAGUAGAAUAUUCUCUUGAGGAAGAGGCAACAUCGAACCCUCAAUCGCCAGUCAGUGUUCCCGAUAAGGAUUUAACAUUAUUCAAGGCCAUGUCAUUUUCCCGGAAUCCUUGUGACAGACAUUUAUCUCUGGAUGAAAGGAAAAAGUUAAUGUUGGAAACUGCUAGACUUCGAUAUAAAGACAAACAUAACAUACCCUAGGCCAGGAAUAGUGUGUGUUUAUAUAGUUCAUCUCAGCAUUGUUGUACAGCUGUGUAUUUGCCUUUUGGAAUUUUGUUGCCAUGAAAAGCAUGGCAGAAAGUAGAUUUCGUGUUAAUUUGGUGGCAUCAUUUGAAAAAAGUAACAAAACAAAAAUUGGGUUUGAAAGUGGGAAUUUUUUAGGAUUUUCUCAGUAUUCAUGAAGUUGAGUUUCUUUGGCAGUGAAAAAGCAGAUUGAGUGUUCAGAUGGGGGGGGGGUUGAUGCCUUUAAGAAAAGUUUCUUUUUUGAAUAAAUUUACUAAAUUUGCAAUCUAGUACGCAUGUUUAACAUUUCAGCACACGUUUGUCCUUUCUCUCACUUAAGUGUACGUUUGCAUUUAAAUUUAAAAACAUAAACAGUCUUAUAUGGAUUCAAAAGCAUAAUCACUCCUUGGAGGAUGGAAUUCACGUUUAUUAAAACAUAUUAACCCAUGUAUAUCUAGCAAUAGCUGAAAAUUGUGUAUGUGUAAAUGUUUUUUUUUGUAAUGUACAGUAAUCAUUUUCAUGCAUAUUUAUUAAGAAAAUUGUGAUUGGAAAAUAAGGAAAAAGCAAUGAUGUCGUAUUGGGAGGUUGAAUGUUCAGUCUGGUUCUCCUAAGUCAUGGCAGUAAACCUGCUUAAAACAUGUCAUGGUACCACUAGAUGUAAUAUAAUAAAAAGGGUUUUAGGUAAAGAGUUAUAAAAGGGUGCUGCACCCUGUCCUUUUUUGGUACCACACUUCUGCCCUCAUGGAGACCAGCAUGUGCACCCUUCUGCCUUCUUAGAAUUGAAAGCUUUAGGUAAUCAAACACUUCCUCUGUUUUGUUAAAAAGAUAAUUAUAAAAUUAAAAUACAUACAAACUUAAUAUAUCUGGCUGCUGAAACUUCUUCACAGCUGAAAACAAUGUGCCCUUUCCGCCCUUGGCACUCUGUUCCUUUCCUCCAGCAUCCUGUCCUUUAAAAGCUGCACUCUCACAGCUUGAAGGUUUUGACAACUUUUUUGUCUUGGAACGAGCUAAUUUUUGCAAAUGCAUGGAAACCAGUUAUAUAAGACUGCUGACAAAAAAUUAGAUUGCAGAUUUUUAUAUUGAAGUUCAAAAAUUGAUAAGUUAUGCAUUUUUCUUAAACCGUUAAGCCAUAAAACAUUAAUAUUCUAAUGGCAAUCUGAUCUUUUGUCAGCCAUCUUAUAUCACUGAUUUACAGAUAAUUACGAAGAAAUUUGCUCAUUCUAAGACAAAAAAUAAAAAGUUGUAAAAACGGUAAAUCUGUUAGAAUGCAGCUUUAAAACCAGGCUAUAACCCUAGAUCAUCAUGUAUAGAGAUAUUGUUGUUGAUUGGCACACGUUAUAAAGGUAGAAAAGUAUAUCAUUCCUUAUCUGAAUGUGAAUCGACAAUGCAUAAGUUAUGAUCUACAUCAAGUUUAAUGCUGGAGUAUUUAGAUAUAAGCAAAGGUUAUGGACAGUAUCAUGGAUGGCUGUUUGAACAUUAAUGAGAAGCCAGGCCUUCUUAGUAAAGUCAAUGGAUUUAUAUUUCUUUCAAAAUAUGUGUCGUGUAUUUUGUUAACAGUUUUUUUCACAUGCCGUUGCUUCUAUCGAGGCUUAUACUACCAGUUCAUAUUUUCUUGUAUACACUAGGUAAUGAUAUUUGACAUUGGCAUUAUUUCACUUUAUUAAUUUUACUAACUCCCCUAGCAUAAGCUUUUGUGAUUGUCAUCCAUCUGUCGUACAUCGUCAACUUCUUUAAACAACUUCUCCUCCUAAACCACUGGGACAAUUUAAACAGAACUUCACAGGAAUGUUCCUUGGGUGGUCCUCUUCCUGAUUUCUUAAAAAAAAAGUAGUUCAAUGCUACUUGUCAUAUGUCUAUAUAGAAAAAAUUGAAAAUCUUCUUUUCAGAAAGCAUUGGCCCGAUUUCAAAAUAUUUUCACAGAAAUGUUUUUUUAUUUUUAUCUUUUUACCACUUUUCUUAUGAUUAUUGUUAUACAAUCAAAGAAGAUGUCAACUUCAAACUUUAUGGUCUUUUUCACAGUAAAAUAACUCUUUUGAAACAAUAUAUAUGCAAAAAGCUACAGAAACAUGCUCAGUAGCAAAAAGUUUAAGUUAUAUAACUCCCAAGUUAAAUAUUGUAAGAGUUAUGGCCCUUUUUGAACAAAUAAAUAGUUUUCAUGUUUUAAUACGAAAAGUUUUAUACUUUUACCUGUGCGGUAAGGGUGGCUCCAGUUUGUUGUCAGAUCAAUAAGCUUAAAACUCUUUCAGUAAUAAGGUGAGUGAUAUCGGGCCAUCUUGGCUCUCUUGUUUUAACAAAAAAUGAAUAACAUCUACAUUUUGGGUGAUCAUGGUCAUUUUUUUUAUAUGCAAUGUCUCUAGUUGAAGAUUAGACCCCGUUGCGUUUUUUACAACAAUACAUUGGGAUUUGUUACAGUUGUUGAGCUUAAUGAUUUUUGAAAAUAAUAUCAUUUUGCUACAAAAAAGGGCAGACAAUUUGAAUUAUUAGCUUACUUAUUAUUGAUUUCUCAUCCAUUUUUUUUAUAAAUACUUUGAUAUUGUUUCAAUAGUGUUGUGCACCCAUUGUCUAAGGUGCACAUAAUCAAUGAAAAUGGUGUUUUUGCCAUAAAAAUGAUUGUAAUGGUGCACAAUAUCAUUGUCUCCGGCAAACGGAAUCAUUGAUAUAUUACAAAUAUACUGGUACAGUAAAGAUGACUGUGAAUUGAAUUAUUUUGUGUUAACAUAUUUACAUAUAUUAUGUAUAGGGUAUAUGCCAAGGCCAUACUUUUUUCAUUGUUAGCAUUCUCUGAACUGUUUAUUGAAUAAAAGUUAAACUUCCUUUACAUUACAAAUGUCUAUGAAUAUUUGUUAUAUUAUUAUAAAGAAUGGUACAUUUUAUUUAUGUUUAUCAAACAUCGUGGUACGGUAUGUCAAAAUGGAGUGUGUUUACUAGUCCCUUGUUCUGGAUAGCCUGAUCUUAAUACAAUGCCAUUAUCUGGUAGAUAUGAACUCAUUAUCAGAAGAUUAAAAGUGCUUAAAUAACCUUCCGAUUUUGAUUUUAAUUUAGCAGUAUCUACUUCUUGUUAUGUUCCCUACAUGAAGGGUGGUAUGUAGUAAUCACAUGGUCAGUUGUCUGUGCAUGCAUCUGUGUGUCCAUCCAUUACAUUCUUGUCUCAGCAAUAAACUUGUUAUAAUUUAUGGGAUUUCAUUGAAACUUCACAUAUUUGUAGGUAUGUUGCGCUCUUAUCUCAAAGUCUAGGUCCAAAUUAAGAGGUCAACGUUAUACAAUAUUAAAAUCACAGAAUAUUCAUUACUCAGCGAUAACCUUUCAACUAUUAAUGGAAAUUCAAUCAAACUUCAUAAAGUUGAAUUACCUUUCAACUAUUAAUGGAAAUUCAAUCAAACUUCACAAAGUUGAGUUGCACAUACAUUUUGUGCUCUUAUCUCUUAGGUCAAUGUCAAACUGUACGUUUGUCAAGUUACACUUAUGUUGUACGAUUAAGUUUUUUUUCUGUUGUUACGGUUCAAACUGUUACAUUCAAAUGCCUUGACUGAGAGUUGUAAACGAGUUCCUUUUGGUUUAUGAAAUGCUCCAACUACGUUUCAUUGAUUUAUGGCAGUGUUGACUUUUUUGCUUUUGUUUCAUUAUAGUUGAUAUUAUUAGCUUUGAGGUCAGCUGGCUAUCACUCAACUCGGGGAGCAUUUGUCACGCUUCUGUGACCGCUCUUGUUUCUUUUGUUUUUCAGAGAGUGUCUUGCCACUGCUUAUCAAAUUCCUUCUAGGUAUUGUAGACUGUUUAAAAAGUUAGUCUGUGUAAUUGUGUUAAUGAUAUAUUAUGAAAUUAUUUUGUAAUAAAACUGAUAACCUC